AUGACCCCCAAAUCCACGUGCGCUUCAGUAGGAAGAAAUGGGACCUUUACAUCUAACUGGAGUUCAACAUUAGAUCUCACACCAGGGUCCCUAAACAUCACCACAGACCAACAAGACAACCACAGAGAUUUUGAGUCUGGUAACUUAGACUCAUCGACUGAAGAAUGCUCUUCUACGUUUAGUGAUGACAACACAAGAAAGAAAAGCCCGAAGAAAACGAUGCCAGGAAAAUCACCAAGCAAACAACGUGGCAAUCGCAGAGUGAAGGCAAACGACAGAGAAAGGCAUCGUAUGCAUGAGCUGAACUCCGCGCUGGAUACACUGAGAAGCGUGCUUCCAACUUUUCCUGAUGACGCGAAACUGACCAAAAUCGAGACUUUAAGAUUCGCUCACAAUUACAUUUGGGCAUUGUCAGAAACACUGAGAAUUGUAGACCACGUUCGACAAAUUUCAACUCAUGUUAGAGAUCAGGACAACCUCACGGUGUCAGGUGUGUGCUUGGAUAUGCGUUACAGCGCGUCGGGUGCUUGCGUGUCCAAGUGGCCCUCCACAAACUCAUCAACAAACUGGCAAGAAACACAAUGCCACUGCACUGAUUUUUUUCUGGAAAAAUUUAACAGCAAUUUUCAGGAAAAUUUGACAUUUCGUCUGGCAGGGGAAAGCCUUAUAUGCGAUUAA